CCCGACUCCCGGUUUCCUGCUCUUCUCCCCUCCCAACUCCCGGCGCCUAGGGGAGCGGCAAGAUGGCGGAUGGUGACGGCUUAGGUGAAGCAGCGACUGCUGCGGUGUCUCCUACUGCACCAGCUCCCGGCAUGAGCCCGCCGCUGGGCUGGAGGGAGCGCCUGCGGGCCGGGCUGACCGGCACUGGGGCCUCGCUGUGGUUCGUGGCGGGGUUGGGGCUGCUUUACGCUCUGAGGGUCCCGCUGAGGCUGUGUGAGAAUUUAGCAGCGGUGACAGUAUUUUUAAAUUCAUUGACACCCAAAUUUUAUGUGGCACUUACAGGAACAUCUUCUUUGAUAUCGGGACUAAUAUUUAUAUUUGAAUGGUGGUACUUCCAUAAGCAUGGCACAUCUUUUAUUGAGCAAGUAUCUGUAAACCAUUUGCGACCAUUGAUGGGAGGAACAGAAAGCAGCAUUUCAGACCCAGGUUCUCCUUCCAGCAGCAAAGAAAGUGAAACCAACAGACAGAAUUUGUCAGAAUGCAAGGUAUGGAGAAAUCCCCUAAAUCUUUUCAGAGGAGCAGAAUAUAGGAGAUACACUUGGGUGACUGGUAAAGAGCCACUUACUUACUAUGACAUGAAUUUGUCAGCUCAGGAUCAUCAGACCUUUUUUACCUGUGACACGGAUUUUUUACGUCCUUCAGACACAGUUAUGCAGAAGGCAUGGAGGGAAAGAAAUCCUCCAGCUCGAAUCAAAGCAGCCUAUCAAGCUUUAGAAUUAAACAAUGACUGUGCCACUGCCUACGUUCUACUGGCUGAGGAAGAAGCAACAACUAUCGUAGAUGCUGAAAGGUUAUUUAAACAGGCACUCAAGGCAGGAGAAACAAUUUAUAGGCGGUCACAGCAGUGCCAGCACCAGAGUCCUCAGCAUGAAGCUCAACUGAGGAGAGAUACCAAUGUACUGGUAUAUAUUAAAAGAAGACUGGCAAUGUGUGCAAGAAAAUUAGGAAGAAUAAGAGAAGCAGUAAAAAUAAUGAGAGAUUUAAUGAAGGAAUUUCCUCCUCUUACCAUGUUAAACAUCCAUGAAAAUCUCCUAGAAUCACUUUUAGAAUUACAGGCCUAUGCAGAUGUUCAAGCAGUCCUAGCAAAAUAUGAUGAUAUAAGCCUUCCAAAGUCAGCAGCAAUCUGUUAUACAGCAGCACUACUGAAAACAAGGACUGUUUCAGAUAAAUUCUCUCCAGAAACAGCCUCCAGAAGAGGGUUAAGCACAGCAGAAAUUAAUGCUGUGGAAGCAAUUCACAGAGCUGUGGAAUUUAAUCCCCAUGUUCCAAAAUAUUUGCUAGAAAUGAAAAGUCUCAUUUUACCUCCAGAACACAUUCUGAAACGGGGUGAUAGUGAAGCAAUUGCCUAUGCGUUCUUUCAUCUUCAGCACUGGAAGCGAAUAGAAGGUGCUCUUAAUCUGUUACAGUGUACAUGGGAAGGCACUUUUAGAAUGAUUCCAUACCCAUUAGAGAAAGGCCAUCUAUUUUACCCUUAUCCCAGCUGCACAGAGACUGCUGAUAGAGAGCUAUUACCUACGUUUCAUCAUGUUUCUGUUUACCCAAAGAAAGAGCUUCCUUUUUUCAUCCAUUUCACAGCAGGACUGUGUUCUUCUACAGCAAUGAUAGCUCUUCUCACACACCAGUUUCCAGAAAUCAUGGGUGUUUUUGCUAAAGCUGUGCCCUGGUGUUUACUGACAUAGAUCAAGAUGCUGUGUGGCUCUGUAGGGGACUCUGAGCCAUCUGACAGUCUGGGCACAUGCAGUCACCUCACAUUAUUUAAGCCCUGAUCUCAGCAUUCUAAUUUCUCUGUAUUCCCCAGUGUAUAUAAUAUGUACUUUCUUGAAAUUCCUAAUAUAUUGCUUGCACAUUCUUGCUUCUAAGUUUCAGCAUAAACCAGUCCCUUCUAUUUAGAAUGCCUUCUUCUGACUGCCCUCAACCAGGACAUACCUUAUCUUUUCAAAAUCCAGCUCAAAAGCCACCUCCUAUAGAAAGCCUAAUUAAUCUCAUUCACCAGAUUCCUUUUAUUCUGAGACGUCUGUUUCUCAGUCUGUUACCUAAACUGUUUUGUUUCUUUGUAAUUGUUGCUUCUCUAUAGUCACCCAACAAGCAUAAUGAUUCUAGGAAGGAUGAUCCUCCUCCAUCCCCCAUCUUUGUGUAUUAUACACAAACAUUUUGAAGGCUAUUGACAACCUUUUCAGUUUCCCCAGAGUUCUAGUCCACCUUCCAUACUCUCUGUAUUCACAGUUACAUUCCUGGAGAAACAGGGCAUGUGUUCAGGGUUUAGCCUCCAGCUCAGCAUGUGGAUGGCAGCCUGCUGAGUAGGUACCUACAAUUGGGAAGGAUUUAACCCUUUGGUUUGACAGUCUGCAUUCUACUUAGACACCUUCAAGAAGUAGAUGUGAGACCAGAAGUAGGGAAAUUUCCCCUGAAAGCCAAGUUAGCUUUUUCCUUCCUUUUUAUACAAGACCUCUGAAGCUGUCGUCAGCAGCUCACUCGACACUCUCCUGCUCUGCCUCUUUUCCAGGAGUCAGGGUUAGUUUAAGAAAAAGCCUCUUGCUAGAAGCCAUGACCUUGUACUUUUAUCCCCUCCAUCUGGUGUGCGGCCUCAUGGGGCUGUGCUGCUAUGCAGGAGGUGAGCAAUGGAAUUCUUUAGAUGAUGACUUCUGAGCCCACAUGCGGAGGCAGUGGGGGUGGGAAGCAGGGAGAACAGUGAGCGCCAAGAUCGAUGGACCAAAAAGUAAGGUUUGCUCUGGGAGAAAGCCUGAAUUUAGGUAGACUGUUUUCAUGAGGUGUUCGUCUCCUAGCCCAAGUGGGGCCCCAGGUCCGGGAGCUGUAGCAUCCUAGAUCUAUGAUUGAUGAACAUUGUGUUUCCACAGUUUUCCCUUCAGCCUUCACAGUUGGGGUGCAGGAGAGUGAUAGGUAGGGUAUGUGAGGGCUUAUGCUGUCUCUAAUGGAAUGCAUUCCAAGGUUGAACAGGGAAGGGUUCCCCUUGCACACAGCAUCUGUUGGAGCUGCUUUGUCUCACUGUCUCGGACCUAAACAGAAGUCCGAAUUUUGAAUGAGGGUGGGGAGGGGUUGACAGCAGCAAAAGUUUUUGAUCAAGUGAAAAUCUGUUGUCUGCCUCAUCUUGCGGGGGUUUCUCUGCAGGGUAGAUACUCCUUGCCUUGGUGUAGAUAAAUUGCUUGUCUCGGCUAAAGGUCCCAGGACCCUUGCUAGGCUGUGAGUAGGCAUCUCGCCUGGGAUAGGACGGUUUUUUAGCACUCUCUUUCCCUGUUCUUAUUUUCCUAGCCCAGGGGUUGACAGCAUUUUUUAAAAGAUUGAAGUCUCAAAGGAAAUUCUAAUACAUACUUUAAAGGCCCAAAGCCUUAAUAACUUCCUCUCGUGACUUCUCAUGAUUACUUCUACUCUGUCUACAUGUUUAGCAUCACUUUAAAGGGACUAGAUAAAACUGAAACAAAAUUUUAAGUGUUAAUCUGAAAAAAGAAAAAAGGAACAGAAAGAAUUAGGAGCCAGAGCUGAUUAAACAUGGACUAUUUAGUAUAGUGAUCAUUUCCUGGAGGUGGUGGUGGUGGCAGAAAUGGCAUAAAGGGCAUUCACUGGUAAGGUUAAAAGGCAGGCCUAAGCUGUUUCUUAUGUAAAUUCUGCUCAUACAUACUCUUCUAGGAUACUUUGUAUCAAUAUCUGUUCUAAAGGUGCUGGGGUUCUGGGUGCCUCCAGGCCUAAGCAUCCGUAGUCUUUGAGGAGAAAACACAGGAUUUGAAGUCCAAAGCCCUCAGUUUAAGUUCUAGCUGAGCCACUCAAUAUUUACAGGACUUUGGACAAGUCACAGAACCUCUCUGAACCUGUACAGUGAGUGUAACUCCGACCUCACAGGGUUGGCGAGACAGUUACGUGUAAGCUAAAGUGUUUAUACAUAAAAACCUUUUUAUAAACAUCACAGUUAUUCUUGGGGAAGCCCCCCCUUGAAAGUUGUCAGAUAGAAUAGCUGUGGAUUAAACUGUCUUCCUUUUUUAUUCAUUCAGCUUAGCUUUUCUAUUUGUUCAAGUGUGCUUACAGGGGCUGGUGGUGCUGAAGUCAAGUCACCAGAUUUCGGCUUCUUUUGGCCAAAGAGAACUCCCAUGCCGAGCUGCUUCAGCCAGAGACUCAGACAGAAUGGAAGUGAGCAAAGGCAGAUUUUAAGCCAGAAUUGUUCAGAGUUAGGGGGCCAAGGGGAGAAUGCUUACCUUGCUUUCUGAAAUCCAGGGUGACUAAAACACCUUAAGUAAAUGAGGAAUAACCACAGAGAUGCUCAGAAAUCAUUUAAGCCAUGAGUGGGAAGUGGAAAAAUACGCCUAUAGAACCCCCUCUUCUAUCCCUUUGACCUUUUCGGUCAGGGACAGGCGUAUCACUGACACCCCGCUGGCUAUUGCCUGAAACCUGCCAGCCCCCCAAAGAGAAUGACAGCUUCUGGGAAAGCUCAGCCUAAUGCAGCAACUGUGACAUAUUUACCCUAGUAAACCACUGCUUGCUCCUCUCCAGUGCCUUUCUCUUGUGGAAAUCAUCUCUGGAACCCAAAGCUAUCCUGUUUUCUAACCUAGUAAGAGUUAAAAACAGCAACAGGUUAUGAGCAGCAGGCUUGGCAAUCAUACCUCGUGCAGUCAUAAGAGACCGCCCCAUCAUCCACAGCACAUGCAGCACUAAUUGCACUCUCUCCGACGUGAACCAGCCAGGAGAAGUUCUGCAGUGUCAGCCACUUUGCUUGGGUGGGAACUGCGCACUAGUGAUCUCUUCUCCCCAUGCUCUUUCCGCAUCCUUCUCCUGCCACCUCCCAGAGGAGUACCUGUCCCCAAACCAAACAGCUGCCUGCAUGUUGAUAAUUUUAAAAUAUUCCUUGGUUAUAACUGAACCUCUGUCAUUGGUUUGAUUUUUGAAGGGUUUGAUUGAAAUCAGGUUGGUUUGUUUUUUUAUUGUUGGGUAGAGGGGAGAUGACUAGAACUCUUAUGCAGCUUGAGAGAAGCUAUGUGUAUGUCCAUGUAUCUGCAGAUGUGUGUGUGUAUCCUCGCAGUUGUGUGCAAGCUGACAGGGAGGGCAAAGAGUGAAACGGAAGCAUCUAUUUCUUGUUUUCCAACAAUCCUUCAAAGAUGCCCAACCCCCGUAGUAGCAGGCAGUUCCCAAGUGGAGGGUGGGGGCAGAGGCCUCCACCAAGGCCAUCAAUAACCAGGUGUGAGCUAUAGGUCUCUGUGUAAUGUGAAGCUCUCCCGUAUUUCAUUUCUGCACCCAGGGGGCGGCUCUGCAGGAUUGCUUACGGAGAGCUCUGUGUCUGGCACCUCUCUCCACAAGGCCCAGGCGCCCAGGGUCCCACCGACCUGCCCAGGAAUGCAUUACAUUGUUCUCUGGUGCUGUAAUUUGGCUGCAGGAGCUAGGCUGACGGCCUCCCAGGGAAGAGAAACAUACGCUCCCUGGCGUCCUCCCUUGGGCUUCUGCCCUAUGACCACAGAGGACAUUUAAAUAAAACCUCAGAAAGACUGAGGGAAAAAAAUCCUUAUUAUCUGUCUUAUAUUAAGCUAUGUAGAAACCAAUGUCCUGAGUGGGUCUGAGAAUUUGGCAAAGGACUUAGUGGUUGGUGGUCUUGCUAAGGGAGGUGAGAGAAAGGAGAAGAAACUACUCUCUGUAACAGGGAGGAAGAGAAAUGAGGCAGUGAGUGGUCAUGAGUCAGACCUACAAGACUUUUAACAGACCCUUAGGGCCAGGCAAUGUUUGAUCCUUUUAAAUAAUCUGAAGUCCCUGAUUUCACUUUUCCAGCAUCAUUGUAAGGAAGAGUAUGGAUUCAUGUUAUUAUUCAAGGCUAGCAAUGAUACAAGCUGGCCCUUAUCUGCAGGGCUCUGUUAAGGCUGGCAUUCUUGCUUUUACAUAAGAGAAAUUGGCUAUAGGCUAUGCAGCUGAGGUACUUAAGUCAUGUGCCUUCUCUGAAAGAUUCUAAGAUCCUUAAAGGAUAAUGUCUUUCAGGUUAACCUGGUAUCCAAACAGCACUUUCUGCAAUGCAUUAUACCUAAAUAUUCAAAGCUAAAAGAAAUGAAGACCGACAGCAAGGAGAGGAGGCAGGCAAAGAGACUGCUGAUCCCAGGGACUGAGCUCUAUUGAACUGAGGAGAUGGGAGCGGGAGAGACCAGGGACAGUGAGUGAGUAGCAGCAGAAGUAAGUGGGGCCUUGACUGCACCAAAUAAAGUUCUUAUAUUGCUGCUUCUUCCAAAGGAAUUAGUUUCUGUUUGUAUAAUGUAGAAUGGACGUCAGUUGUUUAAACCCAAUCAGAAUGCAGAGGCAAGCUAAGGAAGAAGAGGAAAAAUUAAUUGCUUGGCCGCCCCUCCUUUUUGGAGCCACAUAGCCUCUAUAGCGGGGCUUACAUAGACCUCUUUUCUCUCACUAUCCACCUCACUUUUCAGAUCUCUCACUCUGGAUAGCUUGCUCUUCUCUUAACCAUUUAUAGGAAAUUGCAAAACUUGGGCCUUUAUGAACUAGAAUUUGGAGCCCAGGGAAAAGCACAGAGUAGUAUGAGAUGCCAGCAGAGGCCCACUUCCUUCCACAGGGUAAGAACCAACAGAGAAUAAGAUACUAGAACACAGGUGGACUUAGCUCAGGUUGAUUUGCCAUGGCAGGCCUAGGCUGUCAUUUAUGUUCUAACCUGGAUGUUCUUGUGAGAGCUGGAGCUAACUGGCACCUGAGGCUCCUCCCAGUGGCCCAGCGUACAAGACAGCACCCUCUUGUAAUUCUUUCAACCCGAUUCUUGAGUUUAGACUGACUAUGACCCCCUUACUUUCCCACUACCCUAGAGCUUUCCUCCUCUUAAUCCCAGCUCAAGAUGUCAGAAACUCUUCUUUUCCCCUCCCAUUUCCCCCUCCCUAACCCCACCAUUGGCUCAUCAGUUAUCCAGUUGACUCCACUCUGCAAGGAAGACAUUCCCCUGGCCUGACUCACUCAGUCCCGUUUCUCCACAGGAAUCCCCUCACCGCAGACCACAAGGGCCCUGACUAGCUCAUGUUUUGUGUUAAUGGAUGUGAAACCGGAGCAAACCCCCUCACCAAGAGAAAAACCACCCUAAACUCUCCCACACAGGUCUCAGCAGGUUACACAAAUAUUAGUCCUAUCAUCCAAAUAAAUCUGCCCCCAUGGCCCAGAGCUAUGGCUCCCCCAUCCUCUUGCUGCCUGUGCGGAGUAAAGCUGCUCCACAAACAUGGGAGGACCCCAAGGGGUGCUGGAGAGGAAUUCGGGAAAGGAGGGGGCCUGCAUUCAGAAUUUCUUGUGUAGGCGCCUUAAUCUACAGCCUGCUGUCAAUACUCUGUAGUCCCAAAUUGAAGAUUCUGAGAAAAGUAAUGAUGAGCUAGACCAGUGAGGGGCUUCAGUAAGAGGGUCUGUUAGCUGGAGUUUGGGGCAUAAUUAAAACUCAAUGUCUGAGAUAAGUUCAUACUCUCAUUUUAGAGAUGAGAAGAUAGAGGCUCAGAGAAGUUGGGUUAUCUUGCUCAAAAUAUCAAACACAGUUAACUGGCACAGCUGAGAUUUCAGAACCCUGCUCUGUCGUAACUGCAGAUUUCUGCACCAUUCUGCUUCUUUAAAAUAUCAACAGGUAAGAGAUGACCACUGUCCAAGUCACAUAAAAAUAGGACAUCAUGGUUUCUGGGACUCUCUGUCCUACCCUCUGGCUUACUAAGCCUGCUGUCUCUGGAAACUCCACCACUGCAGGCUUCGUUAGGCAGUGGGUAGGAGCACAGAAGGAGCGCCCCUGUUUAAGCAAAACAUGGGGCGAAGGAUAAUAAUCACCAGGGCUUGAAGAGUCACUAAAUAAAGACUUGUUGAAUAAAUGGGGAAACGCUGCUUUCUAAGCUUUUUACCACUUUGGCCCCAAGCCCCAGCUCUCCUUCCCUCUGUAACCACUGGCUCCCGCUCCCAGCUUCAAAGGCUAGGAUCCUCUCCUAAAAGUUGCCAAAGCCAGAGAUCUCUACCUGCCUAGUAUACAUUGAUGAUUUAUGUGGGGCCUUGAGAUCAGGCUUGUUACCUUCUCCCACCUUCCAUGAGUCACAUACCUUUUAUUUAGUGUUUUUCAAACCUGGCUGACCACCAGAAUAAUGAAUGAAAAGUUUUAAAAAGUAAAAAGCCCAAGGCCUAGGUAGACCUACUAAAUCACCCUUUCUUAGGAGUGUUCCAGGGUAUUCUAACGAUGUACUAGGCAUGGCCUGACACUGCAUGCUGCUCAGUUUGAACAGGCAGAAAGUGAGCAAAAGGGGCAGUGCUGGCUGAUACAGGUCGAAAAGGACAGAUUGGUAGAGAAUGUAUGUUUGUAUAGUUAUGUAAUUUUUUUUCUCCUAUAAAACACAGCAGUUUAUAAACAUAUGAGCAUGUGAAUGGAACCUUGUCAACUAUGGCUAACUCUUAUCUAGCAAUCCAGGCUCUUGAUAAUGAAAGAAUGUUGUAGCCGAAGAGUUCCUUUUAGGGUACCAGGCAGUCUGCUCAAACUGACCCAGGGAAGAGAUACGUAGUUUCAUCUCUGUCCCAUUUACCCUCAGCCAGGUAGGAAAAAAGAAGUUCUCCCCAGGUACCCUUUCUCUUGCACACACAAGAAGUGUCAGGAAGCCAGUGCAAGGGAAAGGAAAAACGAGCCUUGACCAUGUGCUUCAGUGCCAACUCCUAUCACUCUGAAGUCCCCCUGCCUCUUCCACUCUCCCUUCUAACCUCCAGAGUGGGGAGUCAGGGAGCAGCUCGUUUUUUUACAUCCCCUAUCAACUCAUUCCCAGGGCUAAGGAACCAGCCAGGACCCGAGAGGCCCUCUGCAUUACUCUCCCAAGUCCUUAAAUAGAAGCUGUAGCAGCCCAGGGUUGAGGGUGGAGGAAGGUGUGCAUGCAAAGAUCUUGUGCUUUUGAGUCAGGAGGUUUGAAGUGGAGGGAUGAGUGAGGUAUUUAUGUAUUCAGGUCUGAUCCAGCCACUCUGCCUUCUUGGGGGCCUUGCAAGUAUGGACGUCCACAGUGUUUCUGCAUUCCUUGCAGCGCACAGCACAGCACCAGUGGAAUUUGCACUCACACUGGGUGACGCGGGUAACUCGAGUUGUGUCAUACCCUCGGCCGCAGCACAUGAUUUCACAACCGUCUGUCCCUUUAGAUGUCUUGCUGCAGACACGGCCUGCAGUGCCUAGGGAACCUGGGUCAGGGAAGAGAGAGAGUGAGAACCAAGUUACCUCUUAGUCCAGCCGCUCUGGUUCCCUUACCCACAUCCUCAUGAGGAAACCAUAAAGAAUCCCUUUUCCUGAAAAUAUACCCACUAGCCAAAAUGAUCAUCUCCUCACUGCCCUGUGCACCAGGCUUGUUUCUUACCAUCAGCAAGGCUCCCCAAAGACCACUGACUCUUCCUGCAGUGCCUUCCCUGCCAAUAUACAUCUUCAUAUCCCAUUCAAAGCCUAGCCUUAAAUACCGUAAUUGUUCAGACUGGGUGAGGGCUCCCUAUUUUAUGUGUGAAAUUUUCCAUAAUAAAAAAAAAUUUUUAAAACAGCCUAUAAUUUCCUUUUUCUAAGAGGUUUUGCUACAACUCUAAUCCAGCUACCAUUUGUGAGUAUUUUGGUCCUUAGUUUAUAUUUCAUUAAGUUGUACUAAACAGGGAAGUAGUAUCGCAUGACCAUUAAAAGCAUGAGCCUGAUGUCAGAUUGUUUAGGUUUAAAAUCCAGGUCUUCGCUUCUUAGCUGUGUGAUCUAGCAAGUUAAUCUCUCUGGGCUUUCAUUUUCUCCUAAGAAAAGAGGCAUAAUAGUAGCACCUACCCAGCAGAUUGUUAUGUCUAUAAUCUCUGUUCAACUGAGGAGGGGAACUGAUUAGCAUUACUGGUAGGAGGCAUAUCUCUAAGGAAUUGCUAAAGAAUAUCCCUUGCCUUACCUCAUGGUAGGAACUCUUGAAGGGUAGAGACGGUGUCAUCCCUCUGAACAGAUAUUACUCACAACCUCAUUCUGACUGAUUUAUGCAAAAGAGAUACUGCCAACAGAUGACAAAAUCAUAGAAUUUUGGAUGGGAUGGAUCCUAGAGAAUAUCUACUUCAACCCUGUCCCAGAGGGAAAGUGACUAGCCUGGGGGCUGAAGAGGGGAAAUAAAUUAACUGAUUUCUAUAGCAGUAGUCUCCACGUGCCACUGGACGUGGACGGAACAUGCUAGUACUUCUGUAUUUGUUUUUUAUCCCAUCAAUUUAAAAUAUCUAUUUUGUAUGUAUGCUUUAUAAUGCACACAUCAGUAUAGUGGGACAUAGAUACAAUUCAUCAGUAAAUAUACAUUUUUUGGAGUAUGUGUGCAAAUUUUUUUGUAUACAAGCCAAAAUGUUAGGAGACCACUGCUCUAGAGAGUGGGCUGACGAGGUCUACUACAUAUGUUACUCUCUUACCUUCAAGGGCUGGGUCUUAAGUCAUGUCUCUUGUGCACCAAAAGCCUCUUCUACAUUCUGGAGCUGAGCUGUCCAAUGUAGCAGCCACUAGCCAAAUGCAGUCAUUUAGAUUUAAGUCAAUUAAAAUUAAAUAAAUGUUAAUACUUAGCUCCUCAGUUAUACUAUCUAUAUUUCAAGUGCUCAGUAAUCACACGUGACUAGGUGGCUACUGUACUGGAGAGCACAAAGGGAGAACACUUCUAUCAUCGUAGAAAGUUCAGUGGGACAGCACUGCUUUGGCGUACUGGCUCCACACUCCCUUCUGGGAUGACUCGUACCCUUUGAAUUCCAGGCCCCACUUUGGGUUUUAUGAGAUCUAAUUUUAUGCCUCUUGAGAAAAACCAACACACAUAUGACUCAUGCUCCAUCCUAACUCCGAAGAUCCUUCCCCAAAGGUGCAUUUUAAGAUGAUAGCAUAGGCUUGAAUAGCACAGCCUCGGAUGUUGUGGAAUUAUUUCUAGGCAUUUAGAGAGUAGCCCUCUGAAUUACACCACAUGGGAAGAAAACAAACUGAGUGGCAGGAAAUCACUAAGAGAAUCAGAAGUGCUUUCUCAACCUUUUUUCUCCUAGCACCCUUCAAAGUACACAAACUACUUUCUCUGUUACUUGGGUGGAGUCCCACCCUGUGUCUGUGCCCAGUUUUGCUCCAAGCCAGUUGCCUCUCCAGGAAAGACAGUGAUGCAUGAAAGCAAAUAGUAUGAAGGACAGCCGAGAUUUCUGACUUCCCCUCACCCAAGUCCGGACUGCUAAGUCUGCAGAGAAGAGCCUGAGAGCCCAUGACAGUAACCAGGGGAAGAGCAGUUCUGUUGCGUCGCAGGGUGUUCCUAGUUUAACCUUUCUGAGCCUGAAACAUGAGCCAGGAUAGUAACUUCCACUCUUUUGGUGGGAUACCAUAUCACCUUCCAGCAUUCCCAAGAAUUCAACCACAGAUAUCUGAACAGAUUAAAAACUGAUUUGCUGCUUUCUGCCAGGGGUUAGCCUUUGGUAGAGAUCUCUUCCUUGCUUCCCCAACCCCAUUUUAGAAUCUUCAGUAGCAGCACACUGGCUAAACCCUUCCAAGGUCAUCCAUGGUCUAUUUCCAACCUGUCUGUCUACGUUUAAUCUCCCUUCCCCAAAACCUUCAUUCAAUCAGCAUAUUCAGCUCUCCAUUCCUGGAACAGAUCACGUGCUCUCCCACCUACCGCUCAACUCACGUGCAGAGGAUACCCACCUGUUCUCUCUGGCUACCCAGAUAAUCCCCACACUUUGAGAAACAAAUGUCACACUUUCCAAUAAACUUUUCUUGAUUUU